AUGGCAGAGAUUGGUACUGCAGUUGCUGAAAAAGUAGUGGACUCAUUGUUUGUUGUGGCUAAAAAAGAGAUUGGUUAUUUAUGGAAUUACAAAGAAUAUGUUGAAAACUUAAGACGUGAUGCUAAAAAUCUCGAAGUCACGAGGGGGGAGGUUCAAGAACUAGUAUAUAUAGCCAUCAGCAAAGGAGAUAAACUCAAGUACGGAGUGGAAGACUGGGUGAAGGAGGCAGACACUGAACUAUCCAAGGCAAACGAGUUUCUUGAAAAAGAAGCUAAUGCCAAGAAGACGUGCUGCAAAAUAGGUUUGUGUGGUAAUUGGAAAACUCUUCAUCGUUACGGUAAGACUGCAACUCAGAUUGCUCCUCCUCUACUGCUGCUCCAAGAACGUGGCAGCGCCUAUAAAAGUGGUGUCUCUGUUGAAACACGUGCACCUGGACCACUAGAUGUUUAUCAAAACAAAGAUCUUUCUGGCCUUCAUACCCAUGAUUCAGCUUUGGGGGACAUCAUUAAGUCUCUUGAAGAUGAGACCAUACAAAUUACUGGAAUCUAUGGGUUGGGAGGUGUUGGAAAAACCACACUUGCAAUGGAAGUUGCGACAAUAGUAAAAAAUAAUAAGCUGUUUGCUGAUGUUGCUUUUACAACCGUCUCACAAAACAUAGAUGUUGGGAAGAUUCAAAAGGAUAUCGGAGAAGCAACGAAACGAAUAAUGAGAAGGGACAAGAUUCUAAUCAUAUUAGAUGAUGUUUGGGAGACACUUGAUCUACAAGAAUUGUGUAUUCCAUUUGGGAAUAACCACAAGAAUUGCAAGAUUUUGUUGACAUCUAGAAACGAGAGUGUGUGCGACAGCAUGAAUGUUCAGAGAAAAAUUUGUGUCAACGCUUUGCCAACAGCGGAGGCAUGGAUUCUUUUCAAAGGUGUGGUUGGCGAAAAAGUGGAGAGCGAUGUCGAUUUGAAACUAGUUGCAAUGAUGGUAGCUGAAGAGUGUGGUGGAUUGCCACUGCUCAUCCAAGCUGUAGGAAAUGCUUUGAAAAACAAAAACAUCGAUAUAUGGAGCUCAGCUCUUUCUCGGCUAAAAAAACAUGCACCAAUAGAAAUCAAUCCAGAUAUACGGAAAGCAUUUACUCGUUUGAAGCUAAGCUAUGACUACCUUGAAAUUGAAGAAGCCAAGUCGUGCUUCUUGUUAUGUACUUUGUUUGGUGAAGACCAUAAUAUAUCAUUUGAAGACAUGGCGAUUUAUGGGGUAGGUUUAGAAAAGUUUGAUGACCUUGAGAGCAUGGAGGAUGCAAGAGAUAGGGUUCGAAAUGCAGUGAACAUCCUCACGUCUUGUGGCUUGUUAUUAAAAAGCGAAUUGGGGGAAGGCUUUACCAAAAUGCAUGAUGUUGUCCGUGAUGUGGCAUUGUUAAUUGCAUCUCAAAGCAAUAACAAAUUUCUGGUGAAAGAUCGGCAAGGUUUAACUGAAUGGCUACCAAGAAACAACAGCUUAGAAAGCUACGUGGGAAUCUCCCUCGUCAACAAUAACAUCAACAAGCUUCCUGAUUAUGAGGUUCAUUUACCAAACCUUCAAGUAUUCGCUAUAUGUUUCAAUCAUGAUUUGUCAAUGAUAUCUGAUGAAUUCAUUCGGUGCAUUAAAAAGGUAAGGAUUUUAGAUAUCUCAUGGACUAAAAUCUCAUCAUUGCCACACUCAUUUCAACUACUCACAGAACUUCAUGUGCUCGAUCUUCGGGGAAUUAAAUCUCUGCACGAAAUUUUGGUACUUGGGGCGUUACGAAACCUUGAGAUUCUGAUUCUAAAUGAAACUGGAAUCACUGAAAUUCCUAAAGAGAUUGCUCAAUUAGUCAACUUGAGGGUGCUUCAAGUUAUUGGUUGUAAGGAUCUAUUUCGCAUAACACAAGGUGUUAUAUCAAGGCUCUGGAGAUUGGAAGAGUUAUGCAUUGAAUUUAUGUUGAAGUUCGUAGGAGCUUCUGAUUGUAUUGUUGAGAUAAUGAGCUUGUCGAAGCUCACAUCCUUGGACUUUACAGUUUCAAGUAUUGAUGAUAUUCCUGCUGAAGGAGAAGGUUUCAAUUCUGAAAAGUUGAAAAAAUUUAUGAUUCAAAUAGGAGAAUACGAUCGACAUACUUUGAACAUCUAUAACACCAUGUGGUCGGGUCGUUACCUGGUUCUCUCAAGAGUUCAUAUUAGGAUUCCAUUAGCGAAGUGGUUAACGAAAUUGAUUGAGGGAAGUCUUCCUAUUACAAUUCUAAAUGGAACUGAAAGCAUAAAUAAUAUUAUGCUGACCCUGUAUGAUGAAGGUUUUAAUAAGUUAGAGCAAAUUAAGUUGAAUAAUUGCUCCAAUGUCUCAUUCCUAGUGGGUGAUGUUACAAGGUGGGAUGGGGGUGAAGGGAAAACAGGGGAAAAGGUUUUCAAGGAGCUAAAACACCUUAAAUUGUGUAGUUUAAAUAAAUUGAAGGUGUUAUGGAAUUGUCCUGAUAAAUAUAUAAGUCUUACUAACCUAGUUACUCUUUCCAUUGGAGCAUGUCAUGAGCUAGAGAGAGUAUUCACAGUGAGUGUAGCACAAGGCCUUGUCAAUCUCAAGAGAUUAAAUAUUAAUGGCUGUGAUCUUUUAGAGGAAGUGAUUUGGGUUGGUGAAGGUGGAGAUGAUGAAUCUGGAAUUAUUACUAUAUUUCCUUCCCUUGCCGAGAUAUACCUUACCGGUUUAACGAGACUCAGGAGCUUUUACUCAGGGAGUGAGAACUGUCGCAUCAAGUAUCCUUCGUUGGCGGGUAUUGCAUUCUUUGGUUGUCUAAACUUCGAGAUAUGGGGACCUGGAAUCCAUGAAACACCCAACCUCAAAAACAUACCGGAUGGACCUAAUGGCAUCAAUGAUUUUGUGGCAAACUGGUACGAGACUUACACAAGAGCUAAGCAACAAGCGGAACUUCAUAACUGA